UCGUCCACACCAAACGCUAACACAAACAUCGUUACUGUACUUCGGAUUACCUGCACCUGAAUCGUCCAAACCAGUUAUAUUUCUUGUUUUUCAGUAAGGUGUACAUAACGCGCUAAAGCAAUGUCGCUCGAUCUUGCAACGGAACAGCAAGUAGCUCUUGCCGCAGUGCGGAGGGCUUGCACAGUCACUUCACUUGUAUUCAAUAACCUCGUCAAAGGCGAGACAUUGGUCAAGGGUGACAAAUCACCCGUUACAGUCGGGGACUUCUCUGCCCAAGCUGUUGUAAACACCGUUCUGCAACAAGCCUUCCCGAAUGACCCUGUCAUCGGCGAAGAAGACGCUGACGACCUGCGCUCUAACCCCGAGCUCCGCUCCCGUGUCGUCGAGCUCGCGAAUGAGGUUCUCAGCCAACCAUUAGGCUAUGGCGAGAUGAAAGAGUGGGGACUUGGAGAGGAGAGAACGGAGGAGCAAUUGCUUGAGGCUAUCGAUAGGGGAAACUACGAGGGUGGUAGGACCGGACGGAUGUGGACGCUUGACCCAAUAGAUGGGACGAAGGGUUUUCUUCGCGGCGGGCAAUACGCCGUCUGCCUCUCGCUCAUCAUCGACUCCGUCGUCCACCUCGGCAUAAUCGGCUGCCCCAACCUUCCCUCGUCCCCCUCCUCCACCGACCGCGGCUGCAUCUUCCUCGCUACCCUCGGCCAAGGUGCUCAUCAACUUACUCUCUCCGGCGGUUCUCCCACCCCUCUGAAGAUGCCCAUCUUGGACAUCAAAGACGUGAGGCUGUUGGAGAGCGUGGAGAAGGAGCAUGCGGCGUUGGGUUUCAACGAUAUUGUUGCGAAGGUGUUGGGAGUGGAGAAGGAGCCGAUGAGGAUGGAUUCGCAGGCGAAGUAUGGGGCGUUGGCGAGGGGUGAUGGCGGUGUGUAUUUGAGGAUGCCGACUGGAGUUGGGUACAGGGAGAAGAUUUGGGAUCACGCAGCUGGCGCGCUUCUCGUCGAAGAGGCAGGCGGUAUUGUCAGCGACUCCAGAGGUCAACCGCUUGACUUCGGUCUCGGAAGGACGCUGGGCGAGAACUUUGGUGUCGUCGCGGCGGAGAAGAGUUUGCAUAGUAAGGUGCUGGAGGCAAUUAAGGAGGCAAAGGAGGCAGAAGCGGAGGGUGGGAAGUUGUAAUCUUGUGGUGUACACAUAAUGUAUUUUGAAGUCCCAAAGAAUCCAUGAUC